UUUUUCUAUCACGUACAUAAAGAUCAAGAGAGAGAAAGAGAAGAGAGAGAAAAGACAAGUGAUACCAGAGAGUAAUAAAGCAGUCGGUGGGGGUGGGUUUCAGUUGGUGAUGGUGUUGGGUCGAUUGCGAUUAACCACGACAAACCCCGUGAGAGUAGUUUCACCUGUUGUAUUGGUCGCUCUCUCCUUGAUGUUCUUUUUCUCCGGCGGUAAUGGUCGGAGAGGAGGGAUCAUCUUUGUCGAGGCAGGCAGUGGAAGCAGCGGCGGCGGGAGGAACGGCGGUAUCUUUGGCGGCGGCGGCGGAGGAGGAUUUUGGUCUCCUGGCUCUCCUUCCAAUGUCGGAAUAGCCGUUGCCGUGACGGCCAUGGCUGGCCUCGCCUUGGCCGCCACUGUCGUCUACUCUCGUAGGUAAUCGAAUCGAUCAAUCAACUAGAUCUUAACAUAUCCAUCUUCGUUUCAUUCAAAAGCCUAUGAAAUAGAAAGUAGAAAUCACCAUUUGAACCCUAGAAAUAGAUCAGGAGUAGGACCUACACAUAGAUGUUGACUCAACAGAAACCCUUGAAGAGGGCUCUCCGGCGGAUUAACACUUCCUCGUCGCCGUCGUCGUCGUCCGCAUCGAAUUCGUCGGCGGCAACUUCGUGGAUUCAUUUGCGAUCGGUCCUCUUAGUAGUUGCUUCCUCACAACUUACCCAACUCUCCUCUGAUCGGGGUAGCCUGAAAUCACCUUGGUCCCGGAGGAGAAGGAAACAUGCCCUUCUGCCAAAACAAUGGAAGAGCUUAUUCGAUUCAGAUGGAAGACUCUGUGAUGGUGGAGUCAAGUUCUUGAAAAAAGUUAGAAGUGGGGGAGUUGAUCCAAGUAUAAGGGCAGAAGUUUGGCCAUUCCUUCUUGGAAUGUAUGAUCUGAACAGUUCGAAGGAAGAGAGAGAUUCUAUUAGAGUUGAAAAGAGAAAAGAAUACGACAACCUUCGGAAACAGUGCCGACAGCUGUUAAAACACAGUGGCAAGAGUUUGGACUUGAAGGAAACAUCUGGAAACAAUUGCUGCGAGGACAGCGGAGAUUGUAGUCAAGGUCUGGAAUCUCCUGGUUUAGAAGAGGUAGUUAGCCCCAAAGGUUCCAUUUCUGCUGAGGGAGCCGAGGAUCUGGGUAUCCCUAUGUGCAAAGAAGAGGAAGUCAGCCCCAGAAGUUCCAUUGCCACCGAGGGAGCUGAGGAUCCAGGUAACCCUAGGUGCAAUCCUCCCCUUCAAACCUCUGGUGUAUCGGAAAAAGGUGGUGAGAGUGGGAUCACUUGCGAAGAUGCCUCUGAAUCCGAGAGUGAAUCGUCCAAUUCUGACGACUCUGAAGAAACUGAGAAUACACAACCUUUCCUUGCCCCAGAAGGAACAGAAGAAGAUAAUCUUGACAAGCACGAGAAGUCCAGUUCCUCCAAAUCAGAAGGUGGGUCCAAGUCCCAGAAUGCUGAAGAUUUUUUCACGUGGCAGCGGAUCAUCCGUCUUGACGCCGUGAGGGCAAAUGCUGAGUGGGUUAUUUACUCACCAUCUCAGGCUGCAGUGUUAGAGACCGAGGCACGGCGGCUGGCUGAUAGUGUGGGACUUAAAGACUAUGACCACCUGGAGCCUAGCAGGAUCUUUCAUGCGGCUCGCCUGAUUGCCAUCCUUGAAGCCUACACAUUGUACGAUUCUGAGAUUGGAUACUGCCAAGGGAUGAGUGAUCUACUCUCCCCUAUAAUCGCCGUGAUGGAGGAGGACUGCGAGGCCUUCUGGUGCUUUGUGGGUUUCAUGAGGAAAGCUAGGCAUAAUUUUCGCCUCGACGAGGUGGGAAUUCGUAGGCAACUGAAUAUCGUUUCUAAAAUUAUAAAGGGCAAGGAUUCUCAUCUUUACAAUCACCUGGAAAAGCUUCAAGCAGAGGAUUGUUUUUUUGUGUACAGAAUGGUGGUGGUUCUGUUCAGGAGGGAGUUAAACUUUGAGCAGACGCUUUGCCUAUGGGAGGUGAUGUGGGCUGAUCAGGCUGCAAUUAGGGCCGGGAUUGCCAAAUCUGCUUGGGGGAGGAUGAGGCUACGGGCUCCUCCUACGGACGAUCUUCUACUUUACGCGAUAGCAGCAUGCGUGCUGCAAAGGAGGAAACUGAUCGUAGAGAAUUACAGCAGCAUGGAUGAGAUCAUGAGGGAGUGCAAUAGCAUGGCUGGAAAUCUUGAUGUUUGGAAGCUUUUAGAUGACGCCCACGACUUGGUUGUCAGACUCCAUGACAAGAUUUAGGACAACCCUUCCGCAAAGGCUUUUGGUUACUUUGUUGUCUAAUGUUUACUUCGCAAAGGCUUUUGGUUACUUUGUUGUCUAAUGUUUACUGAACUCUCUCUCUCUCUCUCUCUCCUAUUUUUGGAUUUUGGGUUUGGUCGUUCCAUUUUACGUGGAAACUGAGGGGGAUCUCCAGUCCACUCCAAACCUGCUUGGAGAAGCAUUUGAUAGGAAUUCUUGUAUCUGAGUAAAUUAUGCGAUUCAUGAUGUAUAACUGUUGCCCGCACUCGGGCCUCAUUCGAGUGAAGUGGCAGCAAACGGAGUUUAUUUAUCCAAGAGUACCACAGUUUUUAUUGCUUUUUA